CACACGCAGAGACACGCACACGCAGAGACACGCACGCACGCGAAGAGAGGCACGCAGGCAAGGUGUCCGAGCGACAUCGCCAGCGAGCUGGACUUUGCGAGCUGUUUGCGGGGAUCGUUGUUCGAUGAGCGACGGCCUCCGCCCGAGCCGGAGCGCGCUGCCUCUCGCAUGGCCUCGGACCCAACACGUGAGGGAAGCGGCGGUGCUCAGUCCGACUCCGACCCCCAGGACUCUCCGCCUCGCCCGGGCGGGCGCCGUGGCACGCGGCGCGAGAAGAACCGCGUGGCGGCUCAGAAGAGCCGGCAGAAGCAGACGCAGCGAGCCGAUAUCCUCCACCAGGAGAGCGAGACCCUGGAGCAGGAGAACGCGGCGCUGCGGCGCGAGAUCGAGAGCCUGCGCGUGGAGCUCCACAGCCUUGACGCUCUCCUCCGGCAGCACGAGGCGAGGUGCUUCCACAGCACCAGCGGCGGGGGGCCCUCCACUGGGGUCCUCGCGGGGGGCUCCGCAGCCCUGCCGGAGACGAGCGGCCCCAUCUUCGCGGCCGCGCAGGCCCUCCACGGGGCGACGUUUUCUGCCAGGGGGCCGAUGGUGGCGGCGGCGGCGACGUCGUCCAGCGGCGGAGCGGUCAACGCCGCCUUUUCCCUGCAGCCGAACGUCGAUUUCAAGUUUCCCUACGGCUCGUAAAGCCUUGACGGGAUACAUGUUUGAAAGAUCGGGUGUUAGGAACAUCGGUUAAUUUAUUUGUUUGUUGUUGUUGUUGCUGUUGUUACAUGCACCCAUGAAUUUAUUUCUCGACGGUUAUUUUCCCGGGACGUUGCUAAGACUGACUUGGAGUAGGGCUUGCCGGCGUAAGGCACUACCACGAGAUUACAAGGUACGCCUGUCGGUCACAAUUGCAUACCUUUGUAUAUUAAUGUUUUUGUUGCAUCAUAUAUGUCUACACACCACCGCAGCAUGCCGAGGACCAAUUAAAACACUUUGUUUGUCCCGUGGCCAAAAUAAUUCCUGAAACAGCGUUCCAAACUAUUCCGGCUGAAACUAGGCCACUGCGUGUACCCAAGUUCCGGGAAUUUUUUUCAAUCUUAAAUCAGGUUUCUUAAUCCCCCCCGCCCCACCCCCCCCCCCCCCUAUUCUGUGUGUGUGCUAAGACAAAGAUCCCCCGUAUAUCCUUUACAGACUGUUGGGGCAACUACAAAAGCCGACAACACACGAUGGGGUGGAUGGCCAAGCACCACACCUGGUCGACUUUGCCGAGUGUGUAUGCAUGUGCAACCACACACACUAUGAAUCCGGUCACCUGAGUUCGAUUCCUGAUCAUGGCCAACACCAAUGACGAUUACCUGAACUGAUCCUGGACCCUCCCUAAGUUGACUUAGCCUCAAAUUAGUACCUGGAACGGUGUGUAUAUAUGGCUACUAGGGAGACAUAGG